AUGCAGCUGGUGGAUCGUGCAGAACCUGCCCGGAACUGGGAAAAGCUACUGGCCAUUCAGAGGCUCAAGGCUGAGAAGGUAGCCCUUGGCCAGCCGAAGCUGGAGGCCUUUGCCGGGUUCAGUCAAGGCCUCCAGGAAAGCCCGAGGGCCACAGCAAUCAUGUGUGGGGACGCUGCAGCCCAUGACCGUGUCUUUCGGAGCAACAGACCUGCACAGAUUGAAGCCGCACCCACAAUUAUUCACACAGCUGGGGCAAGCACAUGUGCGGAGGAGCUUUACACUCCAUUAGGUGGAAAGGAACCAGACACAGCUCCCCCUCCACAGGAAUCAGACACAGCUCCCCCUCCACAGGAACCAGACACAGCUCCCCCUCCACAGGAACCAGACACAACUCCCCCUCCACAGGAACCAGACACAACUCCCCCUCCACAGGAACCAGACACAACUCCCCCUCUACAGGAAUCAGACAUCGCUCCCCCUCUUCAGGAACCAGACACAGCUCCCCCUCCACAGGAACCAGACACAGCUCCCCCUCCACAGGAACCAGACACAGCUCCCCCUCCACAGGAACCAGACACAGCUCCCCCUCCACAGGAACCAGACACAGCUCCCCCUCCACAGGAACCAGACACAGCUCCCCCUCCACAGGAACCAGACACAGCUCCCCCUCCACAGGAACCAGACACAGCUCCCCCUCCACAGGAAUCAGACACAACUCCCCCUCUACAGGAAUCAGACAUCGCUCCCCCUCUUCAGGAACCAGACACAGCUCCCCCUCCACAGGAACCAGACACAGCUCCCCCUCCACAGGAACCAGACACAGCUCCCCCUCCACAGGAACCAGACACAGCUCCCCCUCCACAGGAACCAGACACAGCUCCCCCUCCACAGGAACCAGACACAACUCCCCCUCCACAGGAACCAGACACAGAUCCCCCUCCACAGGAACCAGACAUCGCUCCCCCUCCACAGGAACCAGACACAGCUCCCCCUCCACAGGAAUCAGACACAGCUUCCUCUCCACAGGAACCAGACACAGCUCCCCCUCCACAGGAACCAGACACAACUCCCCCUCUACAGGAACCAGACACAACUCCCCCUCUACAGGAACCAGGCACAGCUCCCCUUCUACAGGAACCAGACACAACUCCCCCUCUACAGGAACCAGACACAGCUCCCCCUCUACAGGAACCAGACACAACUCCCCCUCUACAGGAACCAGACACAACUCCCCCUCUACAGGAACCAGACACAGCUCCCUCUCCACAGGAACCAGACACAGCUCCCCCUCCACAGGAACCAGACAUCGCUCCCCCUCCACAGGAACCAGACACAGCUCCCCCUCCACAGGAAUCAGACACAGCUCCCCCUCCACAGGAACCAGGCACAGCUCCCCCUCCACAGGAACCAGACAUCGCUCCCCCUCCACAGGAACCAGACACAGCUCCCCCUCCACAGGAACCAGACACAACUCCCCCUCUACAGGAACCAGACACAACUCCCCCUCUACAGGAACCAGACACAACUCCCCCUCUACAGGAACCAGGCACAGCUCCCCUUCUACAGGAACCAGACACAACUCCCCCUCUACAGGAACCAGACACAGCUCCCCCUCUACAGGAACCAGACACAACUCCCCCUCUACAGGAACCAGACACAACUCCCCCUCUACAGGAAUCAGACACAACUCCCCCUCUACAAGAACCAGACACAACUCACCCUCUACAGGAACCAGACACAGCUCCCCCUCCACAGGAACCAGACACAGCUCCCCCUCCACAGGAACCAGACACAGCUUCCUCUCCACUGGAACCAGACACAGCUCCCUCUCCACAGGAACCAGACACAACUCCCCCUCUACAGGAACCAGACACAACUCCCUCUCUACAGGAACCAGACACAGCUCCCCCUCCACAGGAACCAGACACAGCUCCCCCUCUACAGGAACAAGGCACUGCUCCCCCUCCACAGGAACCAGACACAGCUCCCCCUCUACAGGAACCAGACACAGCUUCCUCUCCACAGGAACCAGACACAACUCCCCCUCUACAGGAACCAGACACAACUCCCUCUCUACAGGAACCAGACACAGCUCCCCCUCCACAGGAACCAGACACAGCUCCCCCUCAACAGGAACCAGACACAGCUCCCCCUCCACAGGAACCAGACAUCGCUCCCCCUCCACAGGAACCAGACACAACUCCCCCUCCACAGGAACCAGACACAGCUCCCCCUCCACAGGAACCAGACAUCGCUCCCCCUCCACAGGAACCACACAUCGCUCCCCCUCCACAGGAGCCAGACACAGCUCCUCCUCUACAGGAACCAGACACAGCUCCCCCUCUACAGGAACCAGACACAGCUCCCCCUCUACAGGAACCAGACACAGCUCCCCCUCCACAGGAACCAGACAUCGCUCCCCCUCCACAGGAACCACACAUCGCUCCCCCUCUACAGGAACCAGACACAGCUUCCUCUCCACAGGAACAAGGCACUGCUCCCCAUCCCAGACAUUACCUCCCCUAA